UUUUCUAUCUACACCAAUUCAGUGCUGUGCUGUGCGAGCCGAGAUCAUGCCAGAGAAGAUUAUCAUAGUGACUGGAUUCGGUCCUUUUGCGGGUCACGAAGAACGUAACGCCAGCUGGGAAGCGGUGAAUCUUUUACCCAAAGUGUUCCUCUUUCGUGGAGACUCAUACCAACUACGCACAUAUAAGAUACCCGUGACGUACGAGGAGGUGGAUCGUAUAGUCCCACUCAUUUGGAACCAACAGCCAGAUUUGGUAGUGCACGUUGGCGUUCAUGGACAGAUCAGUACAAUCAACCUGGAACAUUGUUCGUACACAUCCGGAUACUGCAAACCCGAUUUCGCUCAACGUUGUUUGCCUUGCGAUAAGAUAACACUCAGCGGAAAGCGUGCGACAGAUAAAGGAUGUGCGAUGCUGAAAACGAAUCUGGAUAUUGAACGAAUUGCUAAAGAGUUAAAUGUUGAGACGAAUGUGGAAUGCUGUUGCUCAACACAUGUUGGAAACUACCUGUGUGGAUACAUCUAUCUCAAAUCGCUAGAUGUAAAUCCUGAUAGAACUCUGUUCAUACAUGUGCCGAAAAUAGAUGAACCAUACACCUCGGAGCAAACGAUGGCGGCAAUCUACAAUGUGAUCGGGAAAUGCAUGGAACAGCUCGCAAACGAACGGAAGUGAACGCAGCUAAUGUAGCUAAGAUUGACCAUGAAAACCAACGUUACCCUCAAACAAAAAUAUUUAAUAUUUCUUGGGUUAACAAAUAUACAAUUCAUUACUGUUGUGAACUGUACUGAGCAAACGAACGCUAGAGACUAUCUGAAUUAACUAGGCUGUGCCAAUAUGCUGUGUUUUUAUUUUUUUUUUAAAGUAUAAACUAACUAAUGCUGAAAUACAAAGAGACAAUUUUUA